UCGUGUUUAAACGUAAUUAUUGUUACACUGCAUAUUUGCAUACGAAAUAAAACAAUUUGGAACGAUGUUCAGAUAUUCGUUCAGCUUCUGAUACUCUGAACAAUUUUAUAUUUUCUGCAUAUUCUAUUUUCUUCUAUUAUUAGGCCAUUAGGCUUCGACGAUUUGAUUAAACCAGCUUGAACUGCGUAGCGGCUGCAGCAAAGUUGGGCAACGGCGGACAGACAGAUUUUUUAACCUUUUUGUCGGCGAUGGUAUUAUCGCGGAGAUUUUGAAUACUUUUCGUGGGAAUGUCUAACGUGCACGUUUACGAUUAUAAUCUUUACUAUCAGACAAUCCGUUCGGAUGGCAACAUCACUGCGGAGGUCGUCUCGUCGCCGAGUUCUACACGAGUCUUCCUUGUGGUAUUGUUGAGAAUCGGUUUCACUCUCGUGCACGUCGGGAGCGUGCCGGUGAACAAUGUAAACUUGAUCCUGUUGCAAAAUAUAAUCGAUUUCGCUUGGGUAACGUUCGUUUAUCUGGUAAUCGGGAGCAUUAUCGCGUACACUGGUGACACGCGGGGCGUGAUAGGCGGAGGGUAUUGGAUCGGUGAGGAUAUCGUCGAUAAGGACGAGGUGCUAGUGGGAUGGGCGGCUGUGGUAAUUGCCGCUGCGAUUUGCACCUGCGGAAUCGUGGGCAGGACGCACACCGUCGGUUACCUUAUCAUAGGAUUCCUACUGGCUGGACUAGUGCAGCCGUUUAUGAUCCAUUGGAUCUGGACGGGCAAAGGAUGGAUGCGUAUGAACGAAUUGAACGACGAAAAAGUACAUUUCCACGAUUUCGCCGGAUCCACGGUCAUCCACCUCGUCGGCGGAUUAUCUGGAUUGAUCGGUUGCAUGAUACUUGGGAGGAGGAUACUACGUUUGGAUUCUAUAGACGAAGCGAGUAUCGCGAUCGGUUCUUCGGGAACUGUCUACGCCGGUCAAUUGAUGGUCUUCAUGGGUCUGCAGGCUGCGUAUAUGCCUUGUUACCAAGAAAAGAAACGAUUGCACUACAGUGUCUACGUCAAUAAUUUAUUGGCAGCUUCGGCGUGCAGUUUGCUCGUUGUUCUCUAUCACUUCCUGCUUCCUAAAGAAGAGUUUAAUCAUUGGACGGUAAUGAGAUGCGUGCAAGCGAUGGUAGCAGGGCUUGUAAUGAUAUCCGCAGGAGCUGAUAUCUAUUCGCCGGCAGUGGCAACGUGUCUAGGUGCAAGCGCGAGCAUUUUAUUUUAUUUAACGUCGAGACAGAUAUUUCGGAGUGCUCUCGAAGAUUACUGCAACAUGAUAGCUAUACACUUGGUCUGUUCCAUUCUGGGAUCUCUACUGGUGCCCCUGUUCGUUAUACACGACAACAAUGAUGCUUCUAUUAUUUUAAUGAAUUUUCUAUGGCAUCUGAUUUGUUUGGCUGCGAUCAUUUGCUCCGUGUCGUUAAUUAUGUUCACUGCUUUCGCUAUUUUGCAAUGCACGGGUUUAUUGAGGAACAGAUCGGAACAUUUGAAUCAUUUGAGGGCUACGAUUGCCGAAGGGAGAGCCUCUCGCAGAAAAACGUUCUUGGAAAGACUGUUUCGUCUUGAUAACAAUUCUACAUUUAUUCAACCAGGCACGAGUACCAACGAACCGAGUGGUAGGAGAUUUUAAUAAAA